AUGAUGUCCCAGUCUCUCAGAGCGUCGCGCUCUCUCUUCGCCCGCGUCUCUCGGCAACAGGUUUCCUCUGUUUCUCGCCGCACUUUCCUGACCUCCGCUGUCCGUCAGGCCGACCCUGUUCAGGAGCUCUACCUCCGCGAACUCCGUGCCUACAAGCCCAGCCCCGUCAAGCCCGGUGAUGCCGACGCUCACGUCCAGAAGUUCACUCCCCCGGCUGCUCCCCAGUCCCCCGAGGAGGCCAACCUCGCCAGUGAACUGAAGUCCUACGAGAGCCAGGAGGUUGAGGUUGAGGGCCAGGCCGCCGCUGGUGAGGCCGCCCCCGUUGAGGAGAGCUGGUUUGAGGAGGAAGAGGAGGAGGUCCACGCUGCCCACUAGGUUGCUUGUUUUCGCCGACAAGAUAAUGGAAAGUCGGGGCUGAUAGACAAAUGGGAUGGACCUAGCCGUGAUACCACCCGUUGUUCCGAGUCCUGGAGUAACUUUGUAAAUUAAACCUACUUGGAGCAUAUGAAAUUUCUUUUUCCCUCAUGCCCUCUCCUUAAAUAUGAC